AUGAAAGAAGAGAAGGAGGAAUCGGAGGCUGAUAAGGAAAUAGAAAAGGCUUUAAAGAAAAAAGCUCGGAUCAAAGAGCGAUACAUUUACUCUCCAACGUCUACCUUUGAAGAUCUUGGUGGCCUGGAUCAUAUUAUCAGCGACAUUAAGAGAUAUCUCGAUCCCGAACAGAAAAAUCUUUUGGAACUUGGUUUCAGUGGAUGUAAACGUAUUUUGAUCUCAGGUGUUUCUGGAGUUGGUAAAAGUAAACUAGUGGAAGGAAUUGUUAACCAUUGCGAGUUGCCUUCACUCAAGUGUACAUUUGGUCGGUUGUUUUCUGGAAAUCCAUCUGAAGUUGAAUCUUCUUGUAGAAAUUUGUUCAAUUUCGCUCGAAGUAUUCAUCCAUGCAUAUUGAUCAUGGAUCGACUUGAUCGUAUUGUCGGCAAACGUGUAGAAUCAAGAACUGACAAUGACCGUGAAAUUAUGACUGACACUUUGAUUGAGUCAAUUGAAGAAUUGAAUAAGGAAAAUGCUGAUAUCACAAUCAUUGGUAUCACGAACUCUGUAGAUAAUUUAGAUUAUGGAUUCAUGAGUGCUGCUCGAUUCACCAAAAAGAUUCACAUCGAUGUUCCUGAUGAAUGA